CGUGUGUGCUUCAUUCCAGCGCACAAGCAGAGCGAAGCAGACGGUUUACGCAGCAGCCAAAGCCGAUAAAAUUCGCUCAGGGAAUAAAUAUCUAUAAACCACGGCUGUCUCUUCACGGGAAUACCACUUGGUCGCGGACGCACGUGAGGCGUGCACAUGCCUAGAUGGGACUAUACACCAUGGUUGUGACACCCGCGCGGCUAUCUUUGCCUUCGCUCUUAUAGGAAGUCUUUGGAUCUCCCGGAGAAGGCUGAUAUUUUUUCUUUUCUUUUUUUAAAAAAGCUGAGUAUCAACGAAAUACUGCUGGAAAUAUUCUCCGGAUGGUGACCGUGGUCUGGACUACCUGCUUACAGUUUAUUCGCUCAAUGCGAAGGGAAGGGACUGGAAGACUUGCGCCCGUUGCCUACUCUCUGGUUAAAUAAGGCACUUUGGGGAUCACAGAAAGAAGAAAGGGAGAAGGGCUCUUACAUUUACACAAUUCAUACCAAAUAAGGCAUUUUUUCUCCUCCGAACUCUCACCUUUACGUGUUUUGGUGAAUGGGGGUAACUCUGGUCCUGGAGGUUUGACACAGCUGGGACUGGGACGGGACUGGGUGCGUGGAGCGUCGGAUCACCCAGGAUUGUAUUCCCUCCUCGCCCUCUCUCUCGUGGGUCUAUUUACAUGUCCGACCUGACCGCUUUAUGACAAUGGAUUACUUUCUGCUUUUAUGCAGUUUCUUGCUGCCUGCGGUGUCCGCGGUGGAAGAGACGUUGAUGGACACAAAGUGGGCCACAACAGAAUUAGCUUGGACUGCACACCCAGAGACCGGGUGGGAGGAAGUGAGUGGUUACGACGAUGCCAUGAACCCAAUCCGGACGUAUCAAGUCUGCAACGUGCGUGAGCUCAACCAGAAUAACUGGCUACGUAGUGACUUCAUCCCACGAAAAGACGUGCUGCGAGUGUAUGUGGAAAUGAAAUUCACGGUUCGAGACUGCAACAGUAUUCCCAACAUACCAGGCUCCUGCAAAGAGACCUUCAACCUCUUCUACUACGAGUCCGACUCGGACUCAGCCACAGCCACCAGCCCUUUCUGGAUGGAGAACCCUUACGUGAAGGUGGACACCAUCGCCCCGGACGAGAGCUUCUCCAUGCUCGAGUCUGGACGAGUAAACACAAAAGUCAGAAGUUUUGGACCACUGUCCAAAGCUGGGUUCUACCUGGCCUUCCAGGACCUUGGUGCUUGCAUGUCGCUCAUCUCAGUGAGGGUGUUUUACAAGAAGUGCUCCACCACGAUCGCCAACUUUGCAGUUUUCCCCGAAACAGCGACUGGGGCCGAGGCCACGUCCCUGGUAAUUGCACCGGGAACUUGUGUCCCCAAUGCCCUGGAGGUGUCAGUGCCACUGAAACUUUACUGCAAUGGAGAUGGGGAGUGGAUGGUUCCUGUUGGAGCCUGCACCUGCUCGGCUGGUUUUGAACCAGCAAUGAAGGAAACCCAAUGUCAAGCUUGCAUCCCUGGCAACUUCAAGUCCAAACAAGGGGACACCUUCUGCUUGCCCUGCCCUGCCAACAGCCGUGCCACCUCCGGAGCAGCCAGUGUUUGCUCCUGUCGGAACGGUUAUUACCGCUCGGACACAGAUUCCCCCGAUUCCCCCUGCACGACCGUUCCAUCAGCCCCGCGCAGCGUCAUCUCCAUUGUGAACGAAACGUCGCUCGUGCUGGAAUGGAGUGAGCCCCGUGACAUGGGUGGCCGCGACGACACCUUCUACAACGUCAUCUGCAAGAAGUGCCUCCCCGAGCGGGGCAUGUGCUCGCGGUGUGACGACAAUGUCGACAUCUCGCCGCGCCACCUGGGCCUGACGCAGCGCCGCGUGGCCGUCCGUAACCUGCAAGCCCACACGCAGUACAGCUUCGAGAUCCAGGCGGUCAACGGCGUUUCCAACAAGAGCCCCUACACGCCUCAGUUCUCUGCAGUGAACAUUACCACAAAUCAGGCCGCCCCGUCUGCAGUGCCCACAGUUCACCUGAUGGCGGCCACAGCGAGCACCAUGAGUCUGUCCUGGCUGCCUCCGGACAAACCCAACGGAAUCAUUCUGGAUUAUGAGAUUAAGUACCAUGAGAAGGAUCAGGGGGAGGCCAUCGCCCAUACCAUGACUGCCCAGCGCAGCAACGCCCGCAUCGAAGGUCUCAAGGCCGGUACGCCUUACGUGGUACAGGUCCGCGCCAGAACGGUGGCUGGUUACGGCCGUUACAGCAACCCGGCUGACUUCAGUACCAACCUCCAAACUGACCCUCCAAAGUCAUGGCAGGAGCAGCUGCCACUCAUCGUUGGAUCAGCCACCGCCACUUUGGUCUUCAUCAUCGCACUUGUGGUCAUCGCUAUCGUCUGCCUCAGAAAGCAGAGAAAUGGUUCAGAGUCGGAGUACACAGAGAAACUGCAGCAGUACAAAUCCCCAAUAGUAACGCCGGGAAUGAAGGUCUACAUUGACCCCUUCACCUAUGAGGACCCCAAUGAGGCAGUGCGCGAGUUUGCCAAGGAGAUCGACGUGUCCUGCGUGAAGAUCGAGGAGGUCAUUGGCGCAGGUAACCCACCAAAGCUCCUGAGCUACAGGGGGAAGACUGCUAGUCACCUCCAGGCCAUACCAUUAGAGGACUUCACACCAAGCGGAGAGUUUGGGGAGGUGUGCCGCGGUCGCCUCAAGCUGCCUGGCCGCCGGGAGAUCAUCGUAGCCAUCAAGACUCUCAAGGUGGGCUACACUGACCGCCAGAGGCGAGACUUCCUGUCUGAGGCUUCCAUCAUGGGCCAGUUCGACCACCCCAACAUUAUCCGUCUGGAAGGCGUGGUCACCAAGAGUCGGCCAGUGAUGAUUGUGACGGAGUUCAUGGAGAACGGGGCACUGGAUUCUUUUCUAAGGCUCAAUGACGGGCAGUUCACCGUGAUCCAGCUGGUUGGCAUGCUGCGCGGCAUCGCAGCGGGCAUGAAGUACCUGUCAGACAUGAACUACGUUCACAGAGACUUGGCUGCCCGUAACAUCUUGGUUAACAGUAAUCUGGUGUGUAAGGUGUCGGACUUCGGCCUAUCUCGUUUCCUCGAAGAUGACCCUUCAGAUCCCACGUACACCAGUUCACUGUAUUUCAUGCUCACCUACUCAUUCGCAUAUCCACAGGGAGGGAAGAUCCCCAUUCGCUGGACGGCUCCUGAAGCGAUUGCUUACAGGAAGUUCACCUCGGCCAGUGAUGUGUGGAGCUACGGCAUCGUCAUGUGGGAAGUGAUGUCGUAUGGCGAGCGGCCGUACUGGGACAUGAGCAAUCAAGAUGUGAUAAACGCUGUGGAGCAGGACUAUCGACUGCCCCCUCCCAUGGACUGCCCCACAGCCUUACACCAGCUCAUGUUGGACUGCUGGGUGAAAGAGAGGAACCUUCGGCCCAAAUUCACCCAGAUCGUGGCCACACUGGAUAAGCUCAUUCGCAACGCUGCAAGCCUCAAGGUGGUCACCAACAGCACACAGUCAUCCGGGGUUUCCCAGCCAUUGCUUGACCGCUGUGUGCCAGACUAUACCACUUUCACCACUGUGGGGGACUGGCUGGAUGCCAUCAAGAUGAGCCGCUACCGUGACAACUUCGUCAAUGCCGGAUUCGCUUCCUUUGACCUGGUGGCCCAGAUGACAGCAGAGGACCUGCUGCGGAUAGGGGUCACGUUGGCGGGCCAUCAGAAGAAGAUUCUCGGUAGCAUUCAGGACAUGAGACUACAGAUGAACCAAACACUUCCUGUCCAGGUGUGAGCGACGGGGACGCGCGGACAGAUGCAUUUGAAGGACAGCCAGACUGGAAAAAAAGAAAGGGGGGGGGGAGAAACUGUGCCAGAGAGGGCCACUGGAAAACCCUAGCUGCCUGACCCAUCUCUGCCAAUUAGACACUAUGAAACUGGCUUGCAGUGCCUCUGAAUAUUUUUUUUUCUUUAUUUCAUUACCACUUACAUUUCCUGCUCCAGCUUUUUUUUUUUUUUUAUGUAAGUUGUCAUUGUUUCUUUAUCCAUCCAAACAGAAUUUGUGUGUUUUUUUUUGAAAGAGGAGAACCCCCGUCUACCCGAUGCGUGCCUCUCACCAGCUCUGGAGUGGGUUGAUGUUCGCAUGCAUGCGUCUCUUCAGCGAGGUCGGCCUCGGUCCAGUAACUGAAAUGUCACGCUCUGACUCCCCUCCGUUUGACCCCCACCCAACCCCCCCCCACCCACCUCCUCCCCCUCGGUCCAGCUCUUCUGGAUGUAAUCCGUAGAAAAGAAGAAUGAACACGCCGGUAUCGAAAAAAAGUUAACAAGCUUUCACACGCCUAAAGGAAAAAAAAAACAAAAAGAGAAAACAAAAAAAGAUGUGUUUGAGACUACAGGAGAGAGAGGACAGUUCUUUCCCUUGACAGAAGUUGCUUUUAUUGUGCACGUGUGUUGUUCUCCAUCUUCAUAUUGAAGGUGUGUUAUCUAAAAGGGCACUUGGCGAAGAAGGGUGAGGCGGCGGCGGCGGAGGACGAGGAGGAACCACGAUGGGCUCCGGUCAAAGUUCAAGAGGAUGACAGAGGUCGGAGAGGUUAGAGGAAGGCAGCCACGUUUUUGGACACUUGUUUCGGCUGCCCCGCUCCCAGGAGGUCACCAGACAACCUCCUCCCCCUGACCUGAAGUGUCUCAGGAUAGUUCCACAGAUCAGGAACACCUGCUCAUCAACUGUGUUUUUAGACGUUUUCUUUUUAUUAUUAUUAUUAUUAUUAUAUAUUUUUUUUAUUUGUCCACGCUACAUUUUUUUUUUUUUUGGCAUUCUUACACUCUUUUGAGAGAUUUGUGGUUUUUCCAAAAUGGCCGGCCAACCUGAAGUAACCCCCCGCAACCCCCAUCCCCCAACCCCCGACCCUCAACCCUCCCUCUCCCCCGCAACCAUGCGCUGGACACUUCAUGUGAUUACGGGGAGACGAGGACUGCUGUGGCGACACUUACAGAAAGACCCCAUGGCCUUUUGUGUGCAUUUUUUUUUUCCUUUCCUUUUUUGUAUGAGCGUGUAUGUGCGAUUAAGUGAGCCUGGAUGUGUGAGAGUGUCGAGUUGCACACGAGUAUACUGUACAAUACAGCUUCCGCUAUUUGCCACCAUGGAGAAUUAACGCAUGAAGUGAACUGUGAUAAGGAGCAAAUAUAUCUCAAACAACUACGCUAUAUUCUGUGGACAACUGUUAAAAAAAUAUUUUUUAUUGAACCCAAAAAAUGAACUUUGGACAUAUGCAUAUAUAUAUAUUUAUAUAUAUAUAGAAUUAUAUAUAUAAAUAUAUAUAUAUUUAUCUUGCAGAAAGUGGGAGAAACCAUGAUGGACACCGACAUUUCUACUUAACUAUUUAGAAUAAUCAAAAAUCCUUGUUUUAAUUUCUUGACAUCCUGCCCUCUGUAUUUAUUUGUGCCUCGCCCUUCAACCCACACACCCCGAAGCCCCCACCAACAACCGGAUGUAAUUUAGGCCUUUUCAUUAUUUUUUUUUUCUUCUUCUUUUGGACAGUGGACUUUGAACAAUCAGAAGGAAGAGAAACUCCAAGAGGAUACAACUAAUGAAUUGAUGAUUAUUAAACAAAAGAAAUUGCAUAUAAAAUUGGAUAUUGUAUUUUUGUUGUUGUUCUAAACAGCCUGUACAUGUUUUGUAACAAAAAAUAAGAUAAAUAACAAAAGAAAAAAAAAAUGGUGUUUUUGACAAAAUGGAAGUGUUUUUGUGAGAUGAUGCUUGAUUCGGACGGGAGUGGGGGGAGCGGACGAAGGGUGAAGGAGAUGAACGCCGCCCGUGGUUAGGCCGCUGGCAUGACGUUUCCUCCGCGCGGGUCGUCGCCUGAGUGUUAAUUUGUGUUUUGUGCGUGUUCCGUCGGAGCUAGAUGUUACACUUCCCCGAUCCACCGUCGAGUUUGUGAAGCGCCGAGCUGUUACUAAUGGUCUUCCAGGCACAUUAUUGUCAACUCCUAUAAACCACUCAGAUGUAAUCCUGCCUUUGUUGUGCAGGAUUGUUAAGAGUUUAUUAGGUGGAUGGCGCAGAGAUAAUUUCGUGUCGAACCUGCCGCCCCACCUACCAGUCGCUUCAGCCGCCCCAGAGACGGAGCUCCGCCACACGGCCCUCGGUUUGCCUCCCUGCAAAGCUACUCAUCAGAAUAUCCAGAGCUGUCAGAAGGGAAACCUAAUGGUCUCUUCCUGUUUGGUCGAUUAAUGCAGCAGCCAAUCAGGCAUUGCGAGGGUAUGAUCAUGCACCAAGCACCGAUACAGGGGCAGGCUGACCUAUCAUUAUCUCUUUUCAUUUCCUGUCUGGCCUGCAAUCAUCCUGUCUCGGUGCAGGCUGCUGCAUGAUUAGUACAGUACGGUAUCGCCAGACAGCCAAAAUCUGCGAACCAACCCCUAUCCCCUCCCUCGUCUUAACUGAUAGCAGCUGCAUCGCGGGGCUAUUUGCCUCCUCUCUCAGACGGCUGUUUGAAGGUGGCGCAUUAAGGAACGGGACUGCAUCACUGGUGUGAUCUUUCAGACAGUCUCCAUAUUGUUUGGGUUGGAGCAGAUCAAUGCAACAUGUGAACGUUAUUACUUACGCGUGUGACGAUAACAGGAUGUCGGUGGCCGCGUAGCGCGCCUCGCCAGGUUGUCAGCCUCUCUUGAGUUCCUCCAGGAGUCACGGAGGACUUUAUGCAAAAGCAGUAACGUGUUCCUCAUUCCUUAAAGUUUCAUCUUAUUCCAAAAACAGCCAUUUUCACUACUGCUAGUACACUCUAUCAAGGGCUUACUAACUUAUAACAGUUGUAACACAAAAUCUGUUAUAUUUCAGUGACGCCUCAACGCGGGGAGUCUGUUAGAUUGCCAGAUGACUUUUCUUGAUAUAUUUCUCCAAAAUUAUUUAGCUCCUCUCCAAAAUAAACCGCGAUUUUGAUUGGAACAGGGGUGAGUUGUGGAGUAAGCCCUAAGACGUGACAAAAGAGCAGACUUAAUGUAGUCUGAGUCUCACUUUGGCUCCAGGAAAAUAAUUUUUUACUCCUUCUUCCUCCCCUCAGCUCGGCCGUUUAAUAAGCCUCACUGCUGCAGACUUGCACCAAACAAGAACGGUGAACUAAAGGGCUUUAAAAAUAAGGAGCGGAUGGAGGAGCUAAACACAAUCAGAUGACACACAUGCCUCCUCGUGAAAAAUGGCAAUUCAGAGCUCGCAUGAACUAUUGAUGAGGUGCACAUGGCGCUCCGUGGUCGGGAGCCGCAUUCGCCGAAGUCAACCAGGCCGUGAGUGAUGAGCUCAAGCGGCAGCGUUGCACAUAUUUAAAAGAUUAAACCGCCACCACUUCAACUGCAAACAAUUAAUCUUUAAGUGGACUUUUCACACGGCUGUGGGAGUGUUUCAUAUUAAAUGUUCGCAGAGAGAGAGAAAAGUCGCUCUCUCGUGUUUUUUCGUUCAUCCAUCUGACUACACGAAAAUUAAGAUGGACUGCUUCUGCGUGUGUUCGUACGAAAGAGAAGAAUUCAUGCGUUUUAUACAGAAACGGUUUUGAUCUGCCAAAACCUGCAGUUUUGUCGGUUGUGGUUAUCUCUUAGUGUGCCAACAGGAUUCAGACUAUCCUAACAUCCCUCACACCCUUCUCUCCCUGUUUCACAUUCUCCGCAGACCGUCGCAGAUAACUCACCCUCUGCAAAAAAAAAAAAAAAGAAAAAGAAAAAAAAAACCCUAGCAACUCUCCGGCUUUCCUUUCCUCAGCUGUCUGUUUUAAAUAAAUAUAGUACUGUCUUCUGUCUUCUAACAAGCCAACUGCACACACACGUCUUUCAGUCACUUUCAGAAUCCCUCUCCAUCAAAGUAAAUGACAUGUUCCAGAGAGUACUGUACAUGUUUGGUGAAACGGGGGGGACAACGGGGUGGAUAAAGGACUGAGAAAUGCAAUUGUUAAUUCCUCUUUGAAAAAGCAUUGAGAUGUAUUUAAUGGUGCAGACAUACACUACAAAUUACUAAAAAUGAUGAUGCAUUCUUGUAGAAAUAUUUUUAAAAGACCCUUUUUGCAAUUAAAUUAUUUAAGAAAUGUGA